GUGAAAAGGUCUAAUCAUCAUGUCCAUGUGGAGCAGAUCUGCGGAGGCACUCGGCUCUGUCGCUGCUCUGCUCCUCUGCGAGGUGCGUGUUUAAGUCUCUUCUGUCCUGCGGCUCCUCCGUUUUCACCCCGAGUGCAGCCUCGAGGAAGUUCCGGCCCAUGUUUGGAGAUGUUUCCUCAGGGGCGCUGCCCGUCACGGAAAGCGCUAGAAGGAGCCGGAGAGGACAGGAGCGCUUUUAGCUGCUCGAUCUGAAGAGUUUCGACACGGACCACAGGAGCCCGCCGCCAUGGCUCAGGCCAAAAUCAGCGCCAAGAUGAACGACGCCAAAUCCGCCAAAUUCAGCAGGACCAUCUCAAUGGCCGACCGCUCCACUCGAUUACUGGAGAGUCUGGACGAGGUCGAAAUGAGGGUGGAGGCCCUGAGGGAGGCAGCUACAGUCAUGGAGCAGGAGAGGGAGAGCUUACUAGAGAUGAUUCAGUUGAUUCAGAACAGCCAGGAAAUGAGAACCAUAUGUGACGGAGAACGAGAGGAGCUCACUUUGACCGCCAACAGGCUCAUGAACAGGACCCUGACAGUGCAGGUCACUGUGGAUACAAUCCGAAACGAGCAGCAGGAAGACGCCCUGCGGAGAGCCACGGCCGUCAUCGAUGAGAUCGCCGCUAAAGUGCUGGACGACAUGGAGGGCGCGAGGAAGAGGCUGCAGGCUCUUCACGCCGCUUGCGUCACCGAGGCUCCACCCGUUCCCAUAGACCAGAAGUUCCAAACCAUUGUGAUCAGCUGCGCGCUGGAAGACCAGAAGAAGAUUAAGCGACGACUUGAGACUCUGAUAAGGAACAUGGGCAAUGCGGAGAGAACCAUCAAAAUCAUGGAUCACCAGAAGGUCGAUGAAUCCAAGAAUGCCAAUGGCAAAUAACGAUACAGAGUUUGAAGACCGGUCUGCUCUAGCAAGUGCCUUCACUUAUCGCUGGGAGACCACAGGCUCCUACGUCUCACCAUGUUUGCACACAAAGUGCUGCACAUAAAAGUCCUGCACAUUCAGUCAUUCUGGCCUCCGUUUUAGUUCUAGGUUUUAUGAGAACUUCGCCCACUUUUGUUUAAGUGCUGCCACUUCAGACAGAAGAGAAAACCAAACCUGUUUUAAAUGCAUUAUCUCUAAAAGUAAAAGGGCCAUAUCAUGAAAAAACUCAUUUUCCUCACUUUUAAGGAAACAGUAUUAAAGUUUCCAAUUGUACAGGUCACUCGUCGUCCAGACAGUCUAUAUAGGAACCCGAGCUCCCUGUUUUUUAAUGAGGUGCUUUUCUUUCUGCCACAAAAACCAACAGAUUUACAGUUCAGCCUACAGCACCGCCUAUUCAUGCUAAAGACAAAUGGUGGGUCCCAAUUCAGGGCCUGCAUUCUUAAAGGACAUGGUCUAUGAAGGUGUGUCCUUUGAAGGUUGAACCUGAUGAGAUGUUCUGCUGUAUGGUGGAUUUCCUCUUUGUGUCACAGCGCCGCUGUUCCCACCCUCACAGCUGCAUCAUGAAACGUUGCUCCUGUCAAGUUCUUAUAAAGUAAACUUUAGAGAUGGAGAAACUUUGAUUUUUUCAUUUGUCAGGGCCGGAGAUGCUUCUCUCGGUCGGCUCUUUGCUCCCUAAAACAAAACGAAACAUUAAUGUAAGUUUUGCUUCGACCACAUUGGCUUUUUAAACUUUGUAUCGUCAGCUAUUCGACUCAGUUUAAACACAGUACUUACAUUUAAAGUGUCUCCUCAGCUGCCGUUCGCUCCUCUGCUGACACCACCACAUUCUCACCGGCACACAGGGAACCUUGGGAUAUCUUGGCUGGCGAAAGAUCCACCUGUUGGCUGGUUGGUUUCUCAGCUGCACAUGAAAGAGCCUUUUGAAAUGGGGCAGCCUAGUUGCACCACUGUGAUGCAGUCGGCCUUUAAAUGCAGCCCCUGAAUUGGGACACAGCUAAAAAGAUGCUGUUUUAGUUCUAGGAAUAAAGAAAGGUUAAAAAAUGGUCAUGUAAAAACAAAUUAUGACUCACUUGUGGCAUUUGGCAGACGCUCUUAUCCAGAGCGACUUAGAGUUUGAUCAAUUUUACACAGGUUGGCGAAGGAGUUGUUAGGAGUCUUGCCCAAGGACUCUUACUGGUAUAUAUUCAUGCCAAUUUGAAAACCAAUAACUGGAAAAACAUGAAAUGCAACAUUCUUUGCAUUGUAAAGGGUUCUUCAGAUUGCUGAUGGUUCUACAUAGAAUCCUUUUUGAAAGGGGUUCUACUAUUGCUACAAACCAAAGAACCCUUUUUUUGGCACUAAUCAAACCCUUUUUGCUAAGAGUGCUGUUUUUACAUGGCUUGAAAUGCUGAAUUAAUGUCAGAACUGAAUACAAUCUGCCUUGAGAUGCAAUAAAGGGCUGUACUGGUUUAAAGCAAAGUUAAA